AUGGCAAGCACAGGCCAACCAAACGGCCCAAAUGUAGUCGGAAAUUACUACAAAGUCAAUCGGAAGAUUGGAGAAGGUGAGAUAAAGCCAGGAGCGCCUCUUUCAGCAGCACAGAGCUCACCCAUCCGCCCCUUUGAACAGGCAGCUUUGGCGUCAUCUAUGCAGGAAUGGACAAAUCUUCUCAACUCGUCGGACGUUGCUAUCAAAUUUGAGCCACGAAAAGUCAGUCUUUCGCUGGCAAGGCGCAGUCCGCAUGACCUGACUUUACUCUGCCUCCCCGUGUCGGCUUCCGUGACACCCACCCGCGUCGUCUAUAGUCCGAAGCACCACAAUUGCGGGAUGAGUGCCGUUCGUACCGCAUCCUCAACGGCUGUGAUCUAUCAUUUUGGCUCCGAAGGCCUCCACAAUGUGCUCGUGAUUGAGCUCCUAGGCCCGAGCAUGGAGGACCUCUUUGACAUGUGCGGCCGCAAGUUUAGCAUCAAGACUACAUGCAUGGUCGCACGCCAGAUGUCGGUGCACGAAAAGAAUCUGAUCUACAGAGACAUUAAACCGGACAAUUUCUUGAUCGGAAGGCCGGGGACGAAGAAUGCCAACUUGGUCCAUAUGGUUGAUUUCGGAAUGGCCAAGCAAUAUCGAGAUCCAAAGACUAAGCAACAUAUUCCAUACCGAGAGCGCAAGAGUUUGAGCGGCACAGCGCGUUAUAUGUCUAUCAAUACCCACCUGGGACGCGAGCAGUCAAGACGAGAUGACUUGGAAGCGCUCGGUCACGUUUUUAUGUAUUUCCUCCGAGGGAGCCUACCUUGGCAAGGUCUCAAGGCAGCCACCAACAAACAAAAGUAUGAGAAGAUUGGCGAGAAGAAGCAAACUACCCCUAUCAAAGAACUCUGCGAGGGCUUCCCGGAAGAGUUUUCUAUUUAUCUCAACUAUGUCCGCAAGCUCGGCUUUGAAGAGACCCCGGACUACAACUUUUUGCGUGCAUUGUUCACCAAGGUGCUGGAAGUUCAGGGUGAAACGGAUGAUGGUGUGUAUGACUGGAUGCUGCUCAAUGGCGGCAAGGGAUGGGAGAAUAAUCCCACUCCACAUCCAACACAAAGAAGAACACAACCCAGAAACUCGCAACAGCCUGGAAACCCACCGCAAUCUCCUGCACUCGUUCGGCAAAACUCCAAGCAACGCCGCACACCAAACGGGGUUCAAACGCCCGUCACGCCUUCUUCCGCAGGAGCACAUGUGGCGGUCCCUGCUCCAUCACCUAAACCACCGUUCCAGCGACAGUCGUCGGCGCAAAUGGCCGCGGGCGGUACAGUCGGCACACAUCCGUAUUCUAACCAGGCAAUGCGGACACCGUCAGACUUUGUAGGGAGCACGACUGUUGACGGUUCGUACGGGUAUGGCCGACAGUCGCCGAUGGUCGCAAGUGCCAAGGUUGCGAACAUUCAUGCUGCUGGAAUACCCGAGAACCGCGUCCAGGAAGAACAGUUGAUGCAAAAGGGUCCACAGCAGCAGAAGAAGGGAGGUCUCAUGAGCGUGCUCACUUGUGGGUGCAGCUGA